AUGCAGAAGAAGGUGGAAGAGGUGGAAAAGCAGAAGGAAGUGGAAGCGGAAGAGAAGGAGGAGGAGGACAAGGAAGAUCUGAAAAAGGUGGAGGAGCAGGAGGAGGUUGAAGAGGUGGAGGAACAGGAGGAAGUAAAGGAGGCAGAGGAACAGGAGUUGGAGGGAGAGGCAGAGGAGCAGGAGGAGAUGGAAGAGGUGGAGGAGAAGCAGUGCAAUAGCAUGUCUUGCACCUUGUGGAGCAACAUAUAUGGAUCUAAUGUCCCAGAAGAUGAGAACCCGCUCAUCUUUCCACCUCCAGUAGAGAGUGAAGACCUGGCCCCUGAACCAUUUGGGGAUCAGGUUACUGAAUUGGUGCACACCUUGAUCUUUAAGCAUGGAGUUAGGGAGCCCAUCACUAAAGAGGAAAUGGUUGAGGUAAUCACCAAGGAGUAUGAAGAGCUUCUCCCUACCAUCUUGGAGAAAGCAUCUACAUGCUUGGAGGUGAUUUUUGGCAUUGAUGUAAAGGAAAUGGAUAGCAACACUUAUGUCCUUGUUAACUCACUGGGCCUUACCUUUGAAGAUAAAUUGAAUGAUGACCAGGUGAUGCCUAGAAAUGGACUCCUGAUCAUGCUUCUUGGUGUGAUAUUCUUAGAAGAAAACUGUGCUCCUGAAGAGAAAGUAUGGGCGUUUCUGAAUAUGGUUGGGGUGUAUGCUGGGCAGGAGCACUUUAUCUAUGGGGAGCCUAAAAAGUUCAUCACCAUUGACUUGGUGCAGGAAAACUAUGUAGAGUAUCGCCAGGUGCUCUACAGUGAUCCUCCACGCUUUGAAUUCCUGUGGGGGCCUAGAGCCCUGGCUGAAACCACCAAGAUGAAGGUUCUAGAAUUUUUGGCCAAGGUCAAAGGGACUGAUGUAAUUUCUUUCUCUGAUUGGUAUGAAGAGGCCUUAAGAGAUGAUAGUGGCAGUCUUGAUAGUGAUCAUGCAGAUGAUAAUGGUCUUCUUUUUAUCACGGAAUAUUUCGGAUCCAUAGAUCUUGAUUCAUAUGAUGAAGCUGACUUGGGAUUUCCUCAAUUUGAUUUUGAAGCGGGUAGUUAA